AUGCGUUCCUUGGUUUUACUUGCCCCAAUUUGGGUCGCCUUUAGCCCUCUGGUCACUGCCAUCAUCCACGGUACCGAAGCCACCACUCUCGAAUAUCCUUUCAUCGCCGCGAUUCUCAAUAACGAUUGGUUUGGAACUUCCUUAAUCUGCACAGGCUCCGUCGUGGGUCCAAAGACAAUUCUCACUGCCGCCCACUGUGUCGAUGGCCAUACUCCUUCGUCUCUCACCGUCCGCGUUGGCAGCGCAAAUUAUACCACUGGCGGAAAACUGCUGCAUGCUCAGGAAAUUUUCAUCCACCCCAGCUGGAGCUCAAGUACGAUUGACAAUGACUACGCUAUUUUACACCUGGCCGAUACUGCUAUGGGUGGAGGUGUCACUGCGAUCGCAUUGCCUGGCAAUAACGCGAUCAACCCAGACGAUACAAGUGGUAUUGCCGUGCGAGUAGCAGGCUGGGGCAAGCUUGAUUCGUCGGACAAAACCUCGCCCACUAUCCUGCACCAGGCCAAUAUGGUGACAGUCGACCGGUCGACAUGUAAUGCUGCCUGGGCGAAUGAUAACCCGAUCACAAAGAAUAUGAUGUGUACCCAGCCGGAUGCACCGAUGCCUGGUACUUCCACCUGUAGUGGUGACAACGGUGGCCCAAUUGUGGAUGAACUGGGGUCGACGCUUUAUGGAGUGAUUAGUUAUGGGGCAAAUGGCUGCACGGCUACACCAUUGCCGAAUGUUGGAUCUAGUGUCUCCGACGAAGCGGCCAAAGCAUGGAUCCAGGGAUUGAUUGUUUAG